AUGGAUGACGGCCACAAGUUUGACGACAACAUGGUCGAGCUCGCGCUCAUCAACUCGAUGAUGCCGGCCGGCGGCAUCCUCGUGAUUGACGACACGCUGAUGCCGUCGGUCGCCGCGACCAUCUCGUACAUCGAGGCGCGCGUCGUCGAGAGUGCGCGUUCCCCGCCCUCGAUACCCUCAUUUCGCGGUGCCGCACUCCAGGCGAACCUGCCCUACGAGCGCAUCACCAUCAACGAGCGUUUUGUCGCCUUUGUCAAGCAUAGGAAGGACGUGCGCGCCUGGAAUCACUACGGCCCGUUCGACGCCUCGUUCAACCGCUCGGACGGGGCGGGGCGGAAGCACAUUGCAUCGUCCCUUGGCGUGGCGCACAGGGGCUUGCGAGGCGCGGCGGUCUGA